AUGGAAGUACGCGUUCCUGACCCCAACGCCACUUCUGUCGUCGAGGCUUGGAUGGCGGGAUGUCAAGCUCGUCUUCCACUCAGACGCCAAAGACAUAACAACGACACACGACACUCUUCCCAAACCUACAAGAUGCUCUUCACUGCAUCGCUCAGCCUUUUGGCUAUUCCCGCCGUCCUCGCCACUCCUCUCAUCCGCCGUGCAGACUCCACACCAGUCAACACCACAACCUGCAAUGGCAAAAAGUACAUUUACAAUGCCCUCGCCGGCUAUGGCAAACUGCCCGCCGAUUUCCGCGACAAGUACGGCGACACUCUAGGCGGAAUCGGCAGUGCCAUCGCGCUCGACCAGAAAUCAGCAAAGUACAAGAAGAAGACGAACACCUAUACAGGCACUAUUUACGGCCUGCCAGAUCGUGGCUGGAAUACCCAAGGCACGCAGAACACGCAGUCCAGAAUUCACAAGUUUGGAUUUGCGUUUCAGAUUGUGAAGAACGCGACGGUGGACAACCCAGCAGCGCCAAAUUUUAAGUUGACGUAUCAGGAUACGGUGUUGUUGACGGGGCCGGAUGGCACGCCGUUGACGGGCCUGGAUCCGACGGAUGUUGUGACGUAUGAGGGAUUUCCCGAGUUGCCGUUGGCGAAGUAUACUGGUGAUGGAUUUGGCAAUAAUGGCACGGGUGGUGCACGAGUUGCGCUUGACACUGAGGGAUUGGUACUUGGUGACGACAAUACGUACUGGAUUAGCGAUGAGUAUGCGGCCUACGUGUAUCAAUUCGACAAGAAGGGCAAGAUGAUCCGUGCAGUCCGCACGCCAGACGCCUUUAUCCCCAUUCGCAACGGCACUACAUCGUUCUCCGCAGCGUCACCACCAAUCUACAACCCCGACCUGAAAAUCAAGCCCGAAGACCCCACCUCCGGCCGCGGCAAUAACCAGGGUCUCGAAGCACUUACUGCAUCUCCCGACGGCAAGUAUCUCUACACCCUACUCCAAAGCGCCACGAUCCAAGAUGGUGGCAAAUCCAGCUCCAAGCGUCGCAACUCGCGCUUCCUCGCCUACCGCGUCAAGGACAAGAGCGUCACACUCGAGGCUGAAUACGCUGUACAACUCCCCGUUCUACCAUCCGGACGUGUUACCGGCCAGUCUGAGAUGAUAUACGUAUCUGACACGCAGUUCCUUGUUCUGGCUCGCGAUUCAGGCGCUGGCCAUGGACAAAGCAAUUCCCAGUCAAUCUACCGCAACGCCGAUGUUAUCGAUAUUUCCAAGGCCACUAAUGUUGCGGGCAAGUACGAUGGCUUCAAUGGCUCGAUUGCAAGCAAAGACGGCGUGUUGAAGAGCGAUAUUACGCCGGCGGAGUACUGUCCGUUCUUGUCGUACAAUGUUAACCCACAGCUGAACCGCUUCGGUGUGAGGAACGGAGGCGUACAGGACGCGAAUCUCUUGAACGAGAAGUGGGAGAGCUUUGCGUUUUUGGCAGUUGAUGAUGAUGAUAGUGCGGGUGAGGGUGAGAAUGAUGAUGGCGGCAAGGACUACUACCUCAUCAGCUUUUCGGAUAAUGAUUUCAUUACGCAGAAUGGAUAUAUCAACUUUGGCAAGCAGCCGUACAAGGACGCGUCUGGAUUUGAUUUGGACACGCAGGUUUUGUCAUGCAUGACAACCGCCAACAAUAAAUCCAUGAAGAAUGGCAGACCAACGAACGAAGCGAAGACCGCCGUGAUGCACCGCAAAACCCACGACUCCCCACCCACCAUCUCUUUUUCUAUCUCCUUCUCCUCAUUCUGUUCCUUCUUCUUGAAUAUGCGCUCAGCAGCAUUUCGACAACCCCAUUCCCACAAGAACUCCCAGCGCGACCCACCUGCUCAAGCUUUGCACACCACUGACGCCAGCAAGGAGUGGCAACACGGAAUUGAUGGCUAG